UCCCAGCACCGUGGAUAAUACAGAAGCAGGAAUAAAAAGCUAUAAUUUGCUAAACAUAUUGUUAGCAAGUUUUACUAUAUAGCUCUAAUUUCUUUAGUCACUGUAUUUCCUUUAUGGACAUAGACUGGUGAUUACUGUGUACACUGGCCCUUUACUUCCUGUACAGCUGCAGCUGGACACGGCCAGAGCACUGAGAGAUAUCAGGUAUUGAUGUAACUGGAUUGAAUAAGGGAACCUUCUUCCUGAGCACAGACAUUGGAGCCUGUUAUCAGCAUGAACUCAUAUGUGUUAGACAAUCACUUGAAUAGUUCAUGUCCAUCCUUCACUACAGGAAGCGCCAGUCUUAUGCCGCAGACUCCAAAAGUCUUAGACACCAUUGACUAUUCACUAACAUUGGGGAAAUCACAGCAGAUAUUUAAAGGAGAUGGUGAAUUGGCAGGAACUGGCCAGCAUACAUUAUGUACAGAGAGUAAUUUAGUCAUCAAACAAGAGGACAACAUUUAUGCCUUAUCUAGUGAAAUUAUUAUCCCAGAGGAUAAACCACACACAUUUACUGAGUACUCAAAAUAUUUUAAAGAAGGAAAAAGUCUUAAGUCUAGUCAAAUGAUUCAUACAAAGGAGAAACCAUUCGAAUGUACAGAGUGUGAGAAAAGCUUCACAUGUAAUUUGCAUCUCACUGAACACCACACAGUUCAUACAGCUGUGAAACCUCACACAUGUACAGAAUGUGGGAGAUGUUUCACAUCUAAAGAAAACCUUAAGUAUCACAAAAAGACACACACAGGGGAGAAACCUUUCACAUGUAAUGAGUGUGGGACAUGUUUCACAUCUAAGGGAAAUCUCAUAUGUCAUGAAAAGACCCACACAGGGGAGAAACCUUUCAAAUGUAUAAAAUGUGGAAAACGUUUUACACAUAAGAGUAAUCUGAAAAUUCAUGAAAGGAUUCACACAGGAGAAAAACCUUUCACAUGUACAGAGUGUGGAAAAAGUUUUAUGCUAAAGAGUAUUUUGAAACAUCAUGAAAUGAUUCACACAGGAGAAACCCUUUUCACAUGUACAGAGUGUGGAAAAUGUUUUACACAAAAGAAUUGUCUGAAAACUCAUGAAAGGAUUCACACAGGAGAAAAGCCUUUCACAUGUAAAGAGUGUGGAAAGAGAUUUAGAGAAAAGAGGAAUCUGAAAACUCAUGAAAGGGUUCACACAGGAGAAAAGCCUUACACAUGUACAGAGUGUGCAAAAUGUUUUACACAAAAGAUUAGUCUGAAAAGUCAUGAAAUGAGUCACACUGGAGAAAAACCUUUCACAUGUACAGAGUGUGGAAAAGGAUUUACAAACAAGAGAUAUCUAAGAAAUCAUGAAAGGAUUCACACAGGAGAAAACCCUUUCACAUGUAAAGCGUGUGGAAAGGGAUUUAGAGAAAAGAGUAGUCUGACACAUCAUGAAAGGAGUCACACGAAGGAAAAGCCGUACACAUGUACAGAGUGUGGAAAAGGAUUUACAAACAAGAGUAAUCUGAAAACUCAUGAAAGGAUUCACACAGGAGAAAAGCCUUUCAAAUGUACAGAGUGUGGAAAAGGAUUUACAAACAAGAGUAAUCUGAAAAAUCAUGAAAGGAUUCACACAGGAGAAAACCCUUUCACAUGUAAAGAGUGUGGAAAGGGAUUUAGAGAAAAGAGUAGUCUAGAACAUCAUGAAAGGAGUCACACAAAGGAAAAUCCUUUUACAUGUACAGAGUGUGGAAAAGGAUUUACAAACAAGAGUAAUCUGAAAACUCAUGAACUGAUUCACACAGGAGAAAAACCUUUCACAUGUACAGAGUGUUGAAAAUGUUUUAAACUUAAAGGGACAGUCUAGUAUGAAUUAAACUUUCAUUAUUCAGAUAGGACUUUUAAUUUUAAUCAACUUUCCAAUUUUACUUUUAUCAUCAAAUUUGCUUUUUUCUCUUGGUAUUGUUAGUUUAAACUAAACAUAGGUAGGCUCAUAUGCUAAUUUCUAAGUCUUUGAGGGCUGCCUCUUAUCACAUGCUUUUUAAAUCUCUUUUCAACACAAAGAGACAGAAAGCACAUGUGGGCCAUAUAGAUAACACUGUGUUCAGACAGAGGGGGUCAUUUAAGAUUUAGCACAAAACAAUGCUAAAUUUAAGACAAUAGAUAAUAAACAGUCACAGUCAUGUGAUCAGGGGGCUAGAAGAAGGUUCCUAGAUACAAGGUAAUCACAGAGGUAAAAAGUAUAUUAAUAUAACUGUGUUGGUUAUGCAAAACUGGGGAAUGGGUAAUAAAGGGAUUAUAUCUAGCUUUUAAAACAAUAACAAUUCUAUGGUAGACUGUCCCUUUAAGAGUAAUCUGAAAACACAUGAAAGGAUUCACACAGGAUAAAAAACUUUCACAUGUUUAUAAAGUGGAAAAAGGUAUCUCAUGCCAGUCAGGUAUCCCAAAUACACUAAAUAUUUACACAUAAAAUAAACUUUAUAUGCACUGCAUGGAAACCUUUUAAAAAUUAUACUAAAGAGGACAAACUCUCUAAAUAGAAGCAUCAAAAAGGAUGAUAUUGUAGAUAAAAAAAAGACUAAACAGUUAAUUAGGAAGGUUAAAGCUCAUGCAGAAGAGAAGAUAGCACAGUCAGUAUAACAUGGGGACAAAACAUUCUUUAGAUAUAUUAGUGAAAGAAGAAAAAAUAAGGUAGGAAUAGUAAAAUUGAAAUCAGUUGAUGGUAGAAUAAUAGAAGGAGAUAAGCAAAUUGAAGGCUGUCUCAAUGAUUACUUCUGUUCUGUUUUUACAAAAGAUUGUGAAGAUAGAUACGUUAAGGGACGCUACAAAAAAUAGAAUCAAGCUUAACAGUAAUCUUUUUACAGAGGAUAAGGUUUUGUUAGCAUUAUCAAAAAUAAAUGUUAAAAAGGCAGUGGGUCCUGAUAAUAUUCAUCCAAGGGUUUUAAAAGAACUUUGAUCAUUACUAACUGUCCCAUUAACUGAUCUGUUUAAUCAGUCACUAUUAACAGGGGCUGUCCCAGAUGAUUGGAGAAUAGCAAAUGUAAUACCUCUUCAUAUAAAGGGCAGUAGAGAAGAAUCUGGUAACCACAGGCCAGUUAGUUUAACUUCAGUAGUAGGGAAAUUAAUUGAAAGCCUCUUAAAAGAAAGAAUUAUGACUUGCAUAAAGUCAAACAAUUUAGAGGACCAAAAUCAGCAUUGUUUUACUUCAGGGAGAUCAUGUCAGACUAAUCUAAUUGACUUCUUUGAUUAUGUAACAAAAGUAUUAGACAAGGGUGGAGCAGUUGAUGUAGCAUAUCUAGAUUUCAGCAAAGCAUUUGACACCGUCCCACACAAUAAACUAAUUCACAAACUGUAUCUGCUUGGUCUAGAUUAAAAAAUUAUGAACUGGGUGGAAUGCUAGCUUAAGUGUUAGUACAUAUGGAUAUCUCCAGCGCCUACAAGCUGCCACACAAGCUCCUCCCAUAGAAAGCAAGAUCUCUCAACCAGAUCUCAAAGGGAAAUAUAAAAAGUAUGCAACAGGGGUGCGCUAAAAUAACCUCCUAGGGGAGAUUAAAAAGCUUAAGGUGGAAUCCAAAGGUUAUAAAAUAUAGAUAUUUAAUCACAUAAAAAGUUUAAACAUAUAUCAUAAUCAAUGUUAAAAGCAAUUUUUAUCACAACAAUAUAUACAGUUAAUCUAAAAGCAAUAUGAAUGAUGAUCACAACAAUAUGGACAGUUCAUCUAAAAGCAAAAUGAUGAUUCCCUAAAACCACAAUUUAUAUUGAGACAGUAGGAAGCUAUAUAUUGAUAGCUACACAAAAAAGAAAUAAGGAUGAUAAGCUAAUACGUGAUGUGUGUUGAGUCCUAUAUCCAAAUAAAAUCCAUAAACAUUCAAAUUAAAAGUCCAAAAAGAAAAAGGUAUUAAUUAAUCCAAUGUUAUCCGAUAUAAAUAAUAUCCCAAAUUAAUCCAAUGUGAUCCAAUAUAAAUAAUGUCCCAAAAUAGUAUCCAAUGUGUAUCCAAGUGAAUAUAUCCAAUAAAGUUUGUGUAGACAAAAGUUCAUUAAAAAAGUAAAAAUGUGAAGAGUGAAAAUAUAAAAGAUAUAUAUAAAAUGAUUGAAAAAAAAAGUGACCAAAAAAUCAGCAAUAGGUGUACACCUAAAAAAAUGAAAAAAAGAGAAAAAAUAAUGAAAAGUGUUACAAAGUGUACCCUUUGAGGGUGAAUUGGUGAGUGACUGUAAUCACAAGGCUAAUCCAAAUGAAAAAUUCCUAUGAAAUUAAUCGAAAUAGAAAGUUCCUAUAAAAACAAAUAGUGUGUCCUAAACUCAGGUUGUCUAUGAUGAUGAUUUUAAAGGCGUUAAAGGGAUAUUCCAGCCAAAAUUGGAAACCACAUGGAUGUAUUUCGGUAUUGAUUAGAAGCAUUUUUGUAAUAUACAUGUAUUAGCAAAAAUGCUUCUAAUAAAAACUAUAGCUGUUUCAAAAGUGUAUUUAAGUAUGCACCGUGCACCAGCAUUUUAAACACAGCACUUGCUCAGAGAGCCUAAGGUGAUUGUACCAUCUGGUAAUGACUCAAUUUGUUAAUUGCUGACAUGAUACAAGCCCCACUGAUGAUCUGAGCAGCUGCAUUAUUUAAAAUGUGGGUGCAGUGACAAUAUCUAGCUAUGCUUCACAUGCACAUGCAGAGAAAAAUGCUAACACUAAAACAGUGAUAACUUUUACUAGAAGCAAUUUUGCCAAUACAUGUACAGUAUAUUGCAAAUAUGUUUCUAUUCAAAGAUGUAAUAAAUCUAUGUGCAUUAAAAUUUUUGACUGGAAUGUCCCUUUAAGUUCUCUUUGGUGUAUUAAUGAUGUUCUCUUCUGAAGUGAUGUCCAAAAGUAAUGUUCAAAGCCCUAAAAUAAAGUAAAUAAACAUAGUGCAAUAAAGCUACUAGCCAUAUGAGAGUAUAGGUAAUGUGCUUACCCAUGAAAUCUGAGCCGUGAUAUCAGUAGUUCUGUGUCUACGCAUUUCGGUCCUCACCUGGGACCUUUCUCAAGACUGAUGCCGGCUUUUGCAUAAUCAUACCUUAAAUAGGGAUAUCCAGCGAAUUACAGGUACUGAAAUAUUGCGCCAAAAAGUUGCGUGUUAGUCCAGGAAGAGAUGUCUAGUAGGAUGGUUACUUCCGCCUCCACGCUGACCCUGAUUGGCAAUAUCCGUGGGAGAUGCGUGACCGGAAGUGACGUAAUAUCCUGUGUUUUCACUUCUGGAUAUGCGCAAUCUUUUUUACGCAUUUUAGUUGCCGGAAGUUCCUUUUUUAUGCCCUAUUUGUAUUUCCUGACAUGCGUGGGUGAUGCUAGACAAUGCAGGACCUUAGUGAAAUGUUCUCCUUUAUAAUGUAUAAAGACAAGGAGUGUAAAUAAAUAAAUAAAUAGUGAUCACUGACUCAGAUUCCAAAAACGGUAAGUGUUGGCAUCUAAUGAUGUUCUUAGAUUGCGACGUAACUAAAAGUUGGUACUUUGGCUAUGGGAUAAUAAGCAGAUAUUUGAACUUGGACAUUCUAAAAGUGAUAAAUGGCGACAUAGCCAAUUAAGGCAAAACAUGUUACAUAAUAAAGCUAAAAUCUACAAUAAAAAUCUGAUAAAGUUGGGGAAGUCUUAUGAAAAAACGUUUUCUAAAAGUGGUGAGAUAAGCACAACAUUCUAUUACAUAACAAAUAGGGCGGCUAAUCAUAUUGCUAAAAUUGACAACAAAAAGUCAACUGCAGCUAAGAGGUAGUGUGCUAAUAUUUAAAAUUCAACAUUCUAUAAGUGCUAAAUGAUGACAUUACCAAUUAUAACAACCAAAUGGGUAUGUCUAUGAAUCUAAUUAUGGCAUCUUACAUAAUAGAGCUAAAAUCUACAAUAAAAAACCUGAUGGAGUUAAAAAAAGGCUUACGAAAAGGCAUUUUCUAAAAAUGAUAAGAUAAGCACAACAUACUGUAUCCUUUAUUUAUAUGUGAACUAUAAUGGUGUUAUGAACAACAUGAUUGCUAAGGAGCUACUAUAAAGUAAGAACUCAGAAAUAGCUACCUCAGGAAUGUUAUAAAAGAUAAGAAAACACCACUAAAUAAGGGUGCAAAAAGUGUUUCAAGAGGUUAUAAUAUAAGGCUCUGAUAUUAAAGCACAGACGUGGAAAAAAAAAGGGUAUGAGCUUCUGUUUAAUUAAAGAGUCUCCCUUAUAGCUGUACAUUUAAAGCUGAAUAACAAACUACUGACCAUCUAAAGAGAAGUAGAUUACAGUUUACUUUAUUCUAGGAUACACCCUUAACUAGCAAAGAGAAAAAAGUAAAUUUUGUAAAACACUGAGAGGGUAAUCUGGAGAAAGUAGGUGUAAUCCGACCUCAUUUAGAGACUCUUUUACACCCUCUGGAAGGUAAAAUAUAAUUAAGUAAACAUUUAUCUGAGGUCUAACAGACAACUGCAAAGAAAUAUGGAAAAAUUUGUCUAAGCAAAAAAAGUCAACGAAGGCUAAAAAUGUUGAAAAAAGGAGCUCUAAAGCAGGCAAUCUCUCUCCAAAUAAACCACAUUUGGACGAAACACUGUUUGAAGAAAUAGACCAGCAAUCUAUAGUUUACCAAAUUACAGUACUUCUUUUUCCAAAAAUAGAAGAAAUAACAUCUAAACUGGAUUGUGUCCUUAAUGAAUUGAAAGUAUCAAUAGAAAGAAUAUCAAAGGAUAUCAAAUGGGCGGGAAAAACAUGAGAAUGAUAGGUCUACCAGAAUCAAUGAAAUGGCAAGAUUUGCUGUUUUCAGAGAAAAUAUUGCCCCAAACUCUAGGGCUACAGAACCUGAAGCGAUCCUUUGAAGUUGAAAGGAAACAUAGACUGGGACCAAUUAAAGGAGAACAAGGGAAUGACUCUAGACCUAGACCUGUGAUUGUGAAUUAUUUAAAUUCUCAAGCUAAAACCGAAACAAUGAGAGCAUAUAGAGAGAACGGGAAUUUGAUCCAUGAAGGGAACAAAAAUCCUUUUGUUUCAAGAUUAUUCAACAGAAAUUGCAAGGAAAAGGAAACUUUUCUACCCAAUUUGCUCCACUUUUGCAAAAGAAGGACGUCAAUUUACAUUAAUGUUUUCAGCAAAAUUAAAGGGACACUCAGGUCAAAUUAAACUUUCAUGAUUCAAAUACAGCAUGUCAUUUUAAACAACUUUCCAAUUUACUUUCAUUAAAAAAAAUAUGCACAAUC